GGCUCCUGGGGGCGUGCGCCCCCCGCCCGCUGCCCUCGUGGAUGCCUCCCGGCGGCGGGCCCAUGACAGACUGCGAGUACAGCCAGAUCAGCACCCACGGCUCCUCGCCCAUGGAGUCGCCCCACUCCAAGAAGAGGAUCGCCGCCCGCAGGAAAUGGGAGGUGUUCCCGGGGAGGAACAAGUUCUUCUGCAACGGGCGGAUCAUGAUGGCCCGGCAGACGGGCGUCUUCUACCUGACGCUCGUCCUCAUCCUGGUCACCAGCGGGCUCUUCUUCGCCUUCGACUGCCCAUACCUCGCGGUGAAGAUCACCCCUGCCAUCCCUGUGGUCGGUGGUAUCCUGUUCUUCUUCGUGAUGGGGACCCUGCUGCGUACCAGCUUCAGUGACCCCGGAGUCCUCCCGCGCGCCACGCCGGAUGAAGCCGCAGACCUGGAAAGACAAAUAGACAUUGCAAAUGGCACCAGUUCCGGGGGGUACCGCCCGCCCCCCAGAACCAAAGAAGUCAUCAUCAACGGCCAGACUGUGAAACUUAAGUACUGUUUCACCUGCAAGAUUUUCCGGCCCCCUCGCGCCUCCCACUGCAGCCUGUGCGAUAACUGCGUAGAACGGUUUGAUCACCACUGUCCCUGGGUAGGCAACUGUGUGGGGAAAAGAAACUACAGAUUUUUUUAUAUGUUUAUUUUAUCCCUGUCUUUUCUGACAGUCUUUAUAUUUGCAUUCGUUAUCACCCACGUCAUCCUUCGUUCCCAGCAAACAGGAUUCCUCAAUGCCCUCAAGGACAGUCCCGCCAGUGUGCUGGAGGCCGUGGUGUGCUUCUUCUCCGUCUGGUCCAUCAUCGGCCUCUCAGGAUUCCAUACGUACCUGAUCAGCUCCAAUCAGACAACCAAUGAAGAUAUCAAAGGAUCUUGGUCAAACAAAAGAGGUAAAGAAAAUUACAAUCCCUACAGCUAUGGAAAUAUCUUUACAAAUUGCUGCGUUGCCUUGUGUGGACCCAUCUCUCCAAGCCUCAUUGACAGACGAGGGUACAUCCAGCCUGACACUCCGCAGCCCGCCGCGCCCUCCAAUGGGAUCACCAUGUACGGAGCCACGCAGUCACAGAGUGACAUGUGCGACCAAGACCAGUGCAUUCAGAGCACCAAAUUCGUUUUGCAGGCCGCAGCCACACCCCUGCUGCAGAGCGAGCCCAGCCUGACCAGCGAGGAGCUGCACCUGCCGGGGAAGCCGGGGCUGGGCACGCCAUGCACCAGCCUGACCCUGGGCCAGCCCACCCCGCCCUCCUCCAUGCCCAACCUGGCCACCCAGACCACGCUAUCAGACAUUCUGCCGCUGAAGGACGAGCACGGGGGCCACCAGUUCCUGACCCCGGACGAGGUGCCCUCGCCGCGGCGGAUGCUGGCGGGCGGCAGCCCCCUGGCGCACAGCCGCACCAUGCACGUGCUGGGCCUGGCCAGCCAGGACUCGCUGCACGAGGACUCUGUGCGAGGCCUGGUGAAGCUCAGCUCCGUGUGACCCAGGUGGCUGCCCGGGGACCGCAGGGCUCGUCCCUGGGCAGUGGGGGGCUCACCCACCCCGGGCAGACAGCGGCCUCGGGGCCUGGGACACAGAAACCGCUUAGAGACCUAAUGGCACAAGACAGGCGGGCACCCGAGGCAGCCCGAGUGCUCAGACAAGAAGAGGAAGAGGAGGAAGAGAGAAAGGGCCAUUUUCAGGCCGUUGGACUCUGGGGGUGACCUCGGGGAGGGAGGACCCUCAGAAGCUGCCUGUAGGCCACAGCACUGGUGGCAAGCGCAGGGCCGCGAGUUCAAACACCAGGACUGACGACACUGCCUGGGUGCUGUGCUUCCUGUCUGCUGCUGGUAGACCAGAUACCCGGAAGUUUCCAACGCCAGUGGCCGGACUGGAAUUGCAUCUGCUGUCCCACUACUUGUAUUCGAAAUAGACAUGUCCUUUUGUUUGUAA